AGAGCUUAUAAGACACCGGGGCCCAGCGGCGCGGCGCGAGAAUCGAUAGUGAUCACCGCGAGGUGUACGAAAAAGCGAAAACCGAGAAAGAACCGAUAUCCGUCCCAUUGCGCGUCCGCGAAAAUUCGGCGAUGACUUAAGCAAUCGCGAUCACCGACGGAGUACGCAAGGACAUAUACAAAGCAUACACAAGGGCAAACAAUUUUAUAAAGCGCCUCCGCAACCCCCUGUCGCGCGUCGAUCACAUUUCGCGGCCGCGCGCGCGAUCAGAGAAGAGCACUUUCGAGAAGACAACAAGGGAGGAACGCGAACUCGGUGGCGCCUGAUAACUGUCGCUUCGAGAAGAAUCUCCUCCACCCUUGCGACAACGACGAGAGUACGAGAUACGAGGGAAUGACGGAAAGGGCUAGCCAACAAACCGCCGCUAGGACAAGCCUGUGUCUGCUGGCGGCACUCGUGCUGUCUUGUGCCAGCGGUAGCAAGAAGGUUCUCGCGCAACCCAUUGAGCCGUUGGCGCCGGGCUUCGUCUAUGGCGACAACUUCGCGGACGACCCGGAGAGUCUCAUGUUGCUGAAUCGCCUGAAACAGCUGACAGAACUGAAGCACCGCGUGGUUGAGAAGGAACACGAGAUCACCGACGUGCAGAUCGCGAUCCAGGCGAUGCUGGAGGCGAAGGCGCAGGAACGAGAGCGCACGAUCUCGCCGGAUUAUUCGGAACCGGAAGCGCUACCGGUACCCGCGGCUAUGAUCCACCACGGCAACCAGCAGCAUCCGGGCAAACGGCAGGGCACGAAUGCAGUCAGUUACAUGUCCCUGUGCCAUUUCAAGAUCUGCAACAUGGGACGUAAGAGGCAAUCGAAAUAAGUUCCCGCGCUGCGUGAAAGAGGCAGUCGCAAGAGUUCGAAGCCGGGCGCGGCGCGACGAGGACCGAAAAGCCGAGGAAGACCUCAUUGUGCUUUAAAGAAACAUUAAGUAAAAAGAUCAAUAAAACAUAGCUUGCUAUGGUAAAUCGAAAAUUUGGCGAGGUAGGUAGCGAGAACGAGCGGAUUUUCGUAAAAUUUUCAGCUUCAAGCAAACGGAAUUCACGAGGUAAUUGAAUAAGAAUUUUUCUUCUUGUCUUUUUCGAGGUGUAAAAUCAUAACGUGUACGAAUUUGUAUUAAUACCUCUCAUGAGGGUCUCUAAAAUGCGAUAUCUCGGAGAACGAGUGCGGCUGAAAUAUUCAACCAGUUUGACUUUUCUGACGGGAAGCCAAUAAAUGACGAAAAUAUAGGAGAGGACGAUUCGCGUCAGGAAAAUGUAUCUUUCGAAUGGAAAACGUUGUGUCGCUCCUUCUUGCUACGCCUUCGCGACAAUGAUUGCUACCAGUAUUACGGUUACACACACACAUGCGCGCGCCGCGGUGGAUCUCGCUGCAUAAAUUUUGCAAACGCGACGUGUCUCGCGAAUGAAACGAAAUAUGCGACGACCGCUCGACGAGCGCUUCCAUUACGAACGUCGAUCCUCAUCAGUCCCCCUCCAUGACCAUUUGUAACAAAACAUCGAGGCGAGACAACGCGCAGCUCUGCAUGUGUUGCGGCAGAAAGAAAAAAAAACAAUAAAAUAAAAUAUUCGUCGAAAUGUCAAAACCGUCCUCGGCUGCCAAGUGGAAAGCGUACCGUCCGACUGGUUCGGACGGGAGCUACGCGAGCUGGGGGGCUCUGGAACUACUGAAAUAUUCAGCAAAACCAGCGACGAGAUUCUAUCAAUGUUUAAGCAGCCACGUGAUAGAAAGUUAAUACACGAAUACCAGGGUUAAUCUCUUCUCAGACUGACCCUGUUUAAUAGCGUCUCGUCGACGAAAUGGAUCAUCGAGCGAUCUCUUUCCCGCAAAAUCACGUCGAGCAAAUUGGUCAGCUGAAUAAGCGAUUGCAAUUGGAAUCGGAUAAAACGAAUAAAAAGUGGCAAUGUCGUUGUAAUGUUUGUAACAACGGGAAAAUUUAUGCGGUGAAAUUCGAAGGCGGCCGAUCUUUCGAGGAGAGAAGCUCCGUUCCUCGCCUCGCGUCGCACGACGCUUGCGAACGCUUGCGACGUAGAGAUUUUAUUUAACACAGAGCUGAGAACGUGCGUUACACGAUAGAAAAUCUCGCGGUAUUGCUGCAACACGAGAUCCGUGACGAGGAAUUGUAAUUGCGCAAAGAUGUAGGAAAAUUGUGAAAAGCGAUCGUGAUCGAAAUUGAAGAUAUAAAGUGUGAGGCUCUGGAAUAUUGUCUCGUCUGUAUUUAUUAUUAUUAUUAUUACUCCUUAUUAAGUAAUACAGUUAAGCCGAAAGAAACGCGGGCGCCGAAUCCUUCCUUAAAAUGCCGUCGUGCGUGCACACGACGCGAUUGUUAAUUAUUCUGAGCGCCGUUAAUUAGAAAGAAAUCGAUGCGACUCGCAAGGGAGGCGCCCGUGUUCUUUCGUUAUUUAUGAAUCGUGGAAUCGAGCGAUCGAAUUGUUUCUUCGAGAGAAACGCAUCGCGGUAUCGUUCUUUUCCCCUCUUUUUUUAUUUAUUUAGUGCUUUAACGAGUAUCCCGUAGCUUCGUAUGUUAUGCCCGUGAAUUGUUCCCUUCGCGCGUUAAUUCAUAACCGACAUGCGCUUCCGUUUUUUUCGUUGAGUGUCGACUAAGCACGUCUCGUCAUUCGAUCGAGAGUCUCGAGUUCGGUUCACGUAAACCUCGAAUAAAGGGAACAUCUCUUCUUACGACGCGCAAAUCGACGUAUGUACCUCGCGUGAACAAUGAUAACAAUGCUAACAGAAAUAAAAGUGUAUCAUCAGAA